CGCUACGCGGAUCACAACGCGCGGAUCAAAAAGUAUUUAAAAAUAUAUAGAAAAUUAAAAGGCGCGCGCGCGUACGCAAAAAAGUUCCUCACGUAACGUAACAAACAGCAGAAAGUAAUUUAACGUAAAGUGUAACGGAUUUGAAGUGACUUGAAUUGGUUAAAAGCGCACGGAAGAAAGUUGGAAAAUCACUUCAGACAGAAACACUUCAUUUCCCCACUUCCCAUCACAUUACGAAAAUGCUGCGCUCCCACCGCAGCAUCUAUAGUGUGUUUGUGCUUUUUGCACUCACCAAUGCUUUCGAUAUCAGCCGCCUGGAGCCCAUAGCAGACCAUAACAUACAAACCGGAAAUCGAAUGCUCUAUGAAAGGGAAAUCAACACGAAUAUCUCACAAGCGUCGGCAGCAGACGAGGAUGUUGGGGAUGGUGUGCUCGAAGUCAAUGAGAUUCCAGUGCGCUACGAUGAUGCACAGCUGUGGCGUAUCUACAAUAUUUCAGAGCAUAUGCAGAAUAGUAUGCCGCUAGCAGAGAUGUUGGAGAGCAAAUUUGGUGGUGUAAUUUGGAAGGAGAAUUCUAAAUUUCUUGAUAUCUCUAUCACUAAGGAGAACUUGAAAGCAGCACGCAGCUAUCUUGCCGAGCACAAUAUCGGUAAAGAAGUGGUGCAUACGAAUAUACAGGAGCUUAUUGAUGCCAUCGAAUUGGAGGGUAUAAAUGCGACACAAGCGGAGUGGGGUAGCCGGACAAAGAAACAGGCGCGCAGCGGUAUGCAUUGGAAGGAUUAUCAUGAUUUGGAAACAAUAUAUGCUUUUAUGCGUGAAAUACGUGGCAAGUUUCCAAAUAUUUGUCGCUUAUAUUCGAUAGGAAAGACAGCGGAGGGACGCGAUUUGAAAGUAUUGAGAAUCUCUGAAAACCCACGCGAAUACAAAAAGAUCUGGAUCGAUGGUGGCAUUCACGCACGCGAAUGGAUCAGUCCCGCCACUGUCACUUUCAUACUCUAUCAGCUCAUGUCAAAUUGGCAGAAUCAACCGGACUACUUGAAACAACGUACCUGGUACUUUAUGCCUGUUGUCAAUCCAGACGGUUACGAUUACAGUCGCAAAGUAAAUCGCUUGUGGCGCAAAAAUCGUUCAUCAUCGCCAUCUUCGAAUUGUUUCGGUGUUGAUUUGAAUCGUAAUUUCAAUAUUAAUUGGAAUGGUCGCGGUUCGUCGACGAAUCCUUGCAGCGAUACCUAUCGUGGCAAAACGCCAGCCUCUGAAUUGGAAACAAAAGCGGUGGUCAAUUUCCUUACGAGACGUAAACAUAACCUAGAAGCCUAUCUAACUUUUCACAGCUAUGGUCAAUUCGUGGUCUAUCCGUGGGCAUAUAAGGCGGCGAAAGUAAAGGAUGCCGCCGCAUUGCAACGUGUCGGUAAUACGGCUGUGGAGCGCAUACUUAAGAAAACCGGCGCCAUUUAUCGCAGUGAUGUAACGCAUGCGCUGCUGGGUAUUGCCGGUGGCGGUUCGGAUGAUUGGGCGCGCGCAACUUGCGGUACGAAAUUCGUCUAUACGGUCGAAUUGCGCGACACUGGCAAAUAUGGCUUUCAACUACCGCCAUCACAGAUACGAGACACCGCCGAGGAGGGAAUGAUCGUUGUUGAAGCCGUGGCGCAAGCGAUUAAUUAAGCAUUUUAUAUUAAAUUAAAUUAUUUGUAUGUAUAUUUAUAUGUAAGUUUUCUUGUGUGUGAAAGUAUUAGAAUUGUGUGUGCGAGAGUGUGUUUCCCAAAAUAUAUAUAUGUAUAUAU